AUGGCAAAGCCCAAGAGCGAAAGCCUGCCAAACCGGCACGCAUAUACGCGGGUAUCCUACCUGCAUCAGGCCGCCUCAUACCUGGCGACUCUGCAGAUCCCGGGCGCCGACUCACUUCCAAACUCAUCAUCACGGUCUCAAGAAGACGCGCAGCUCGCCAGGAUCGAAAACUCGCGCUCGACAAAUGAGAAAGUUGCUCGUCGAUUUGUCUCUGAUAUCCGAGCCGUCUCUCUCAAGGCUCAAAUUCGCCCGAGCCCUUCGGUCAAGCAAAUGAUGUGCAAGUUCUGUGACUCACUGCUCAUCGAGGGAAUGUCUUGCACUACGACGGUUGAAAAUAUGAGCAAGGGCGGGAAGAAGCCUUGGGCCGAUGUUAUGGUCAUGAAGUGCAAGACCUGCGACAAUGUCAAGCGGUUUCCUGUCAACGCGCCCCGUCAGAAAAGACGACCAUUUAGGGAACCCAAGACUGUUGAAGGGCCGGACGCAAUGAUUGAGGACACGACGGCUGAAGCUUCUGCUCAAUCAGCUGGAGGUGGAUGA